AUGCUCUGGUGCUUGUUGCUACUGUGUGUAGGUGGCACUCUGGGACAACCCGCCCAAGAUGAAGUCUUCUCCUUGCCUGGUCUGAACACCAAGAUCAACUUCAAGCAGUGGUCAGGGUAUCUGGAGGCAGGUCCUGGCAUACAUCUGCACUAUUGGUUUGUGACGUCUCAGCGAGACCCAACUACAGAUCCUCUGGUCCUGUGGCUGAAUGGUGGACCCGGGUGCAGCUCCUUGGAUGGAUUCCUCUCUGAAAAUGGACCGUUACAUGUGAACGAUGAUGGCAGCACACUCUACAUUAACGAGUACAGCUGGAAUAAGGUAGCCAACAUGUUGUACCUGGAGUCCCCGGCUGGGGUUGGCUUCUCCUACUCUGACAGUGGAAACUACGCCACUAAUGAUAAAGAGGUUGCAGAGAACAAUUACCUGGCCCUGCAGGAUUUCUUCAAAAAGUUCCCUGGAUUCGCAAAGAAUGAAUUCUACGUGUUUGCUGAAAGCUAUGGUGGUGUUUAUGGACCAUCGUUGAGUCUCAAUAUUGCAAAUGGUCCAGCCAAUAUUAACUUCAAGGGAUUUGGUAUUGGCAAUGGAUUGAGCAGCGAAUUUUACAAUGAUCAGUCGCUCGUCUACUUUGCGUAUUACCAUGGACUUAUCGGGGACACGGUGUGGGCUAACCUGAAUACAUACUGCUGUUCAUAUGGAUCUUGCAACUUCAACACAAACAAUGACUAUAACUGCCAACAAUCACUCUACGAAGUAAACAAGGUCAUCUACAAUAGUGGACUCAAUCUGUAUUCACUGUACAUGAAAUGUGCUGGGGGUGUACAGAAAUACUUUGGACGAUUCGAUGCAGAAAUGAAGAACAUCUUCCGGUUUUAUAAGUUUGACUUGCAGAUGACUGCAGACGCAUCCAGAAACCAAGCUCCUCCGUGCAUCAAUGACACAGCUCAGUGGACCUGGCUAAAUCGUGCUGAUGUGAGAACAGCUCUGCACAUCCCAGCAAAUGUCCAGGGCUGGGAGCUCUGCAGUCAAGAGAUUAGUGAAACCUAUGGCCGUAUCUACACCAGCAUGCAAACCUUCUACCUGCAACUCCUCAGCAAGGGUCUGCGUGUACUGGUCUACAACGGAGAUACAGACAUGGCCUGCAACUUUCUAGGAGGCAACUGGUUUGUGCGGUCACUGAAUCAGAAGAAAACAGUUGAUUACCAACCAUGGAUUUGUGAUGAUCAAAUUGCUGGGUUCUACGAGCAGUAUGAAAACCUCACCUUCCUGACUGUCAAGGGAUGUGGCCACAUGGUGCCACAAUGGGCACCAAGGCGAGCCUUGAAGAUGUUUGAGUCCUACCUCUCCAACACUCCAUACUGAGACAGCACCAGACUUGGCCUUCCAGUUAGCCAGCUUACUGUUCGAUGGCCUUAUGAUUGAUUAUUUUCUUGCUUCUCUUGCUUCAAUGGGCUUUUUAAUCACUAUACUCCAAACAAAGCAACAGCACCAAGCUAAGCCAUGUCCAAGUAGCAAUACCUAGACUUUAAACAGAGACUCUAUCAGGCUGACAUGCACUCUGUAUUACUACGAGUAAUUUGAAAAAUUCUCUACAUUGAAACAGGUGAAAUGUGCUUUCUGGGAAUGGUUCCUUUUAUACCUGCAGGCCUGGGGCAUUAGGGCUGCCUUGAAUAGAGGUUGUUCUGGGAUUGCUUUUAUUCAACCCAAAUAACUAAACCAAUGUCAGUGAAGUGCAGCAAUAAUGCAGUAUAGAUUAGAUCAGUGGUUCCCAACCUUUUUUAGCUCAUGGCCCCCUUGGGCUCUUUAAUUUUUAUUU